CAACGACCAAGCGUACAUCCGGGUUCCGUCAAGAUGGCUGCAAGCAUAUAAACAAAUCGUGUUGUCAGACAACUAAACGCGAGCCAUAAAGAUGUCAGAGCCAGAGAAGAAGGAAGUUUCUGACAAGGAAAAGGAAACAGCGAAACAGGAUGAAAAGGAAAAAGACACUGCUCAAGGUGGAAAGAAGACUCCACUCGGUGAUAAGGCUAAGCCAGGGAGUGGAAAGGCUAAGCCAGGGAGUGGAAAAAGAUCAGGAACACCCAGCAAGGGUAAUAAAGGUGCUGCUGAUAAAGGGCGAGCAACCCCUAAAGGGAAUGCUAAGGCAAAGACCAAAGAGGAUGUAAAAGCACCUACACCUGUCCCAGCAGGGGAGACAGAGGAAGAAGACGAAGGUCUGCCAGAAGGAUGCACUCCACUGUUUAUGUCUACAAAAUCACAGGAAAUAUACAGCUGUGUGUGUGACACCGAUGUCACCGAGGAUAACCCGAUCAAAGUCAUCAUGAAGUCUGAUAUCAUGGAAGAUUUCCGUAUGAGGGCAGCUGUCUGUGAUUUUCAUCCUGUCAAACAGGACGUACAGGACUUUCCAUCAGACGAGAUUGUCAUUGUUUAUGAUCCUGACUUCAAAUUUGGACAAAACUUUUACAUUGCCCUCACAGAGGAAGCCAAGGAUAAAAUACUAAAUCCCCUUGGUCCUGAAGGAGAGGGAGGUGAAGGGGGAGCAGCAGCUCAGGAGGAGGAAGUGGUAUACAAAUACACCCCACCUGAGUCCAAGGAAUGGGUGUCACAGGGCAGCGAAAAAGAAAUCAAGGAGGAAAAUGUUGUAGAAAACCGACGACGGAUAAAAAUUUCCGCUCGACGCAUUAGGAAGGAAUUUGGUGCUCCUUGUAACUUCAAAGACAGAAAUGUGGCCGACGCCAAAGAUGCCUACAUUGAAUGUACAGCGUACGAUGACCGUACAUAUGAUCUGAAGAGAGUAGAAUUGGACAAAGGUGUUCAGGCAGUACCAGAGCUUAUAGAACAAGGGACAAAUACUGACUGGCGUUAUCCAAGGAAUGCAAAUACACAGUACUAUCCCCGUGAAUAUUCCGAGACGGAAAAAGAAACUGUUGAAAAAUCUACUGAUUUACAGACUUUUGCCAAAGAUAUGGUUCCAAGGUUUGAACUUGCCCUUCAGCAGAAUGAAAUUAUGGAUGUUUUCUACAUUGACUGGCUACAUUUAGGGGAUGCUGAUGGAUCCUUUGGGAACAAAGCUGACAAUCACCUUAAGGAGUACCAGUCAUUCACAGAUCUACAGUUCAGUAAGGACAGGACCAUCACAGCCAUACAGUGGCAUCCCACCAUCAAAGGUGUUGUUGCAGUGGCUGUUGCAGAAAAGUUGAGUUUUGAUGAGAGAAUUGACCAUUGUGCUAAAGUCAUCAUGACACCAUCUCUCAUUCUGAUCUGGAGUUUUACCGACCCCAUACACCCACAGCUUUUACUAGAAGCACCAGAUGAUAUAUACAGUUUCCAGUUCAGUCCGUCCGACCCAAACAUUAUCUGUGGUGGUUGUUAUAAUGGUCAAGUGGUGCUGUGGGACAUCUCGGCUCAUGCAGAUAGGCUGAAACAGCAGAGGGGCAACAACAGGAACAAGAAGUCAAAUGUCCUGCCUGGAUUUGAGGACCCCAAUGCUCUGAAGACCCCUGUUGUACGGUACUGUGCAGUGUCUAGUAUAGAAAAUAGUCACCGAGCGGCCAUCACAGACAUACAAUGGGUCCCUGACCACAUGGAGCUGAACAGAAUGGGAGUGCCCCAGGAGAACAGAAGUUUACAGUGCUGUCAAAUUAUGACUUGUGCCACAGAUUACUCUGUACUGGUAUGGGAUACUCGGCCUGCAAAAGGCCCCGGACAAAUCAUUACCACAAAGGAGAGUGACAAAGGCCCCAAAAACCCCAUAGGUGUGCCCAACACCUUUAAACAUCUUGAUCUGUCAUGGAAACCUAUUCUCAAGGUGACACUACACAAAUCUGAGCCUGGAGGUGAUCACAGUCCCACAAAGUUUACCAUACAGGAAAAACAGGGAGACCGUGGCUCCUUAGGCAAAGCCAUGGAUGGUGUAGACACGUCAAAGGACCCAGCCAUGGGGGGUGGCUAUUACACAAAGCCAGGGUCUGGCAAGGACAAGAGAACACUGCAGAGUGUCAAGACUCAUUUCUAUGUUGGCACAGAGGACGGCGAGAUUGUUUAUGUCGACUGGAUGCCACAGAAAGAUCAAGACACAGGAAAAAUUCAAACACCAAAGCCUGACUUUUACCACUCCAUUCAUGAUGGACCUAUCAGCACCCUACAGCGCUCUCCUUUCUUUAAGGACGUGGUUUUGUGUAUUGGAGGGUGGACCUACACACUAUGGAAGGAAUCGGUCAACGUUGACCCUAAUGAGGCCAAAAGGAAUAGUGGUCCAAUCCUGCAGUCUUCUGCCAGUACAGUCAAACUGAGCGCUGGACACUGGUCACCAUCACGACCUGGUGUGUUCUAUAUAGCUAAAGUGGACGGCAGUGUGGAUGUGUGGGACCUCCUCGACAAGACACACGAGCCCUGUAUGACACAGAAUGUGUCGCCUGUCCCCAUCACUUCACUCUACCCUUUCCCUGUGUCACAGAAGCAGCACCUGAUGGCAGUGGGUGACAGUGCCGGUACACUUCACAUAUUGGAAAUUCCCUGGAGUUUGAGGCAACCCACAGCCAACGAGUACACUGGCAUAUCCAACUACUUUGAGCGUGAGGUGAAGAGGCGUGCUUUUGUUGUGUCGCGCUGGGACUUCAGGGAGCUGGAGAAGAGGGAGAUAGAGCAAGAACAUAAGAGGAAGAUGGGGAUCGCUCCAAAUAUACAGCUUUCAGAAGAGGAAAUUGAAUAUCGUCAAAAACAGGAAUAUGCUGCAUAUGUGGACGAGGAAAAUUCUUUCCUGAGAGAAUUGGGGCUGAAGGAUGACGAUGAACCACUGCCAGAAACGUGAUCCAAAAAGUUCUGCCUGAUUUUUCAAAGUUUCUUGAAAAACAAUUCAGUGAUAUUCUGGGACUACAGAUUGUCAACAGUGACCAGGAAAGUGCAUAACUGACUAAAAACACAACUGUUUCAUUUCAAUGAUGUGCACACCAAUAGUAAAACAAUUAAAUCCACAUCCACUAUUGAAAUAUUCUUUUAGAGAUUUUCUUGAUGUCAAUAUCUCGACCCAAUAUGGUACGGGACCUGGAUAGUGACAGUAAUCUAAGCCUUUCUGUGAUGACGAUUUUAGGUCUCAAUAGAUAUCUUGUGUAAAACAAAACUCCCUCAGAGAUAGUGUGCUAUAUUAUUGUAUAAUGUAUACCAUAUUAUUUUGAUCACCAGAAAGCUUUCAGCCUAUCAUUUUCAUUUGUUUAUAACCAUGAUAGUGUAAUCAACAAAAAAAUCAACCUGGAAGUAGUAUUUAUGACUUUAAUAUUAUAUUUUUCCAUUCACAAAAUUUUGGUAUGCAAAUAGAUUUUUUGUAUUCAUUAGUGUUAAAGUAUUACUGACCAAGACUUGGGUUUUAUAUUUAAUGUGUCGUUAGGUGUAUGACAAGUAUUAUAUAUCCUCCGUGAUGGUGAUAUAUCAUUAGCAAGCCUCAAUUAAUUUUUGUUGCUAUUUUUGUUUUAUACGUGAACAAGUGUCUAAUAUGAAUUUGUUUUAAUAUGAUAAAUUAUUAAAAAGAAAUGAA